CAUGUCAGCACUAUAGUACGGCCAAGCAGCAUGUCAAAUGUUUAUGCGGACUAUCGAUGCAAACACAAGGUCAUGAAUCAUGAAUGGCUUCGUGCAGUUAGACUACCACAGCGCGAUUCCAAUCGCAAUGAACAAAUGUUUACUUAUUGCCCUAUACACCGCACUUCAGUUCUCUCAAGCUCUGAUCCCUUUAGAUACCACCGGUCAUGUCGUUUCCACAGCCUCCAGCUCCUGUUAGCAACAUAGCCCGUCAUCGUGUCUUGUCUCCCACGGCUGCGGUCCGUGUUUCGCCAUUAUGUCUUGGAACGAUGAGCUUCGGCGAGAAGGAGAAUCCAAUGACCGGGACUUGUGAUGAGAAAAUGGCUUUCGAGGUGAUGGAUAGGUUUUUCAGUGGUAACUUCAUCGAUACAUCCAAUAACUACGCCAACGGCGAGUCCGAACGUAUCAUCGGCUCUUGGAUGACCUCCCGAUCGAACCGCGAUCAGAUCGUCCUCGCAACCAAAUUCUCUUCGCCGUACCUCCUUGGCCAAGGCUAUGACACCAAACACAGCAACUUUGCGGGCAACAGCACCAAAUCCCUCAAGCACUCAGUCGAUGCCUCCCUCGCAAAGCUCCAAACGUCUUACAUCGACAUCCUAUACAUCCACUGGUGGGACUGGACAAUGUCGAUCCCAGAGCUCAUGCUCAGCCUCAACGCACUUCUCAACCAAGGCAAAGUGCUGUAUCUCGGAGCCUCAGAUAUGCCAGCGUACGUUGUUGCCAAAGCAAACCAGUACGCACGCGACCAUGGACUGCGUGGGUUUGUGGUCUAUCAGGGGCGUUGGAGUGCGGCGAAUCGUGACUUCGAGCGUGACGUGUUGCAUUUGGCACGCGAUGAAGGCAUGGCAAUUGCGCCUUGGGGUGCACUGGGAAGUGGACAGUUCAGGACAGACGCAAUGCGGAAGGAAGCCGAGGCGAAUGGCGAGAAGGUCAGGAUGAGUAUGGGGGCGAUGGAAGGUGCGGUUGCAGUAUCGAAGGCCUUGGAAAACAUCGCGAAGAAGAAAGGUAACGUGCCAAUGACAAGCGUGGCACUUGCAUAUGUUAUGCACAAAGCGCCAUAUGUGUUUCCUGUCGUCGGUUGCCGGAAAUUGGAACAUUUGGACAAGAGCAUUGAGGCAGUUGGGCUGAAGCUGGAAGAUGACGAAAUCAAGGAGAUUGAAGAGUCGUCUCCGUUUGACCCAGGCUUUCCUUUGAACGCGUUUGGUGCGCGACCAGCGGAAAACUGGAUGUUGAACAUGGCGGGCGUGUUUGACUACGUGCCCCCUGUUCAGUCCAUUAGUUUGAGCUGAGAUUGAAGCUACUAAUUUCACUUCAGCAUAUUGUUUCAAGAUCUAUGAUUAUUGGGCCGCAACACUUGAUCAUCUAUCCUUUGACAGGGGAGAUUAUCACGCUUUCCUCAGCUUGAUUCGUUUGAAGUAUUUCUGCUUCAAGUCAAAAAAUGAAACAUUCAUUCCUUACACAUUAGUUGAUCCCUGAACGAUAAGAUAUGAGCUCC